CGCCACGGCAGCAAGCGAAGCGAGCCUAGCCAGCCAAACCGGGGCCAGGCCAGGCCGCCAGGGGGACGGGACGGGAAGGAAACCGAGGCAGGCGGCGGCAGCGGCAGCGGCAGCGGUAGCAGCAGCGCAGGGCGCACGCGCUUCUCGUUUCGUGUCGCCAGGGGAAGGAGGAGGAGCGAGUGGGUUGGGGGAUCGGCUGGCGGCCGAGGGUCCGGGAGCUGCGGGCGGCAUGGGGAGGGACGAGAUGCUACGGCGUAGCCUCGUGGCGCUGGCGGCGGCCGUGGCGCUCACGGGGCUGGCCACGGCGUCGCUGCGCAAGGCGGCGGUCACGUACGGCUUCGGCAUCCUCGCCAUCGCCGGCGUCCUGCUCCCGGACUGGGAGUUCUUCGACCGCGACUACUCCCAGUGGCUAACCCCCAUGCCCGCCUCCCGCCGCACGGCCGCCGCCGCGGCUGCCGACCGGGAGCACGACGUCUGGAAAUUCAAGCCGUAUCCUCUCCGGGUGGCCAUGCUGACGACGAUCUACGGGUUCGGUCUUUACAAGUGGUGGAUGUACGUAUCUAGCUAGUGUGGGUCGUCCACUCGUCCUCUCCCCCCUUGCCGUUCCUCAUUGUGAGCAGAUGCGAUAGAUGGAGUAUAUUGCCUGGCUAAUAUGCUGCUGAUAGCCUGAUAUGAAGAACCACCCUCAAGACAGGUUGAUGUAUGUAAUGUAACGAGCGGGUUUUUGUGAUGCGCAAACGCCACGCCAAUCAUUCUUAUCUGGAAACAUGAAUCUAGGUUUUAUUCUUUCUCCCCCUUUGUCACUCCUUCGGUCUUCCUUGUUCCAUCAUCAUAGCUUCCCAAGGGCUACAUGAACAUGAAUCUUACAGUUUG